UGGUGGGGUCGACGUAUGUCAGGCGCGAAGGAGUUCAGUGCACUAAGUCAAGCUGGGGACCGGUACGGAACAGGCGAGACUUGACCCUACGGAUUGUUCUGCAGGACGUGAGAUUCGAGCUUCUGGAGACCCCUCCUCUCGCCCGAGAUCGCCAAUUCAAGUGCUCGCCUUUCAUUCGCCUCUCCAUCCACCUACUGGCGGAGGAGGCUAUCUGAGCCCCCAGAGAACUCACCCACCGUACUAGAAAAAGAUUGGGCGGCGGCGACGUCUAUUUCGAUUAAAAAAGACUCAGCGUCCUGUGCUCUACUCGAGGGGAUCACCAUCCACACCACCACCAUGCCCAACUUCUCUGGCAACUGGAAGAUCAUCCGAUCGGAAAACUUCGAGGAUUUGCUCAAAGCCCUGGGGGUGAACGUGAUGCUGAGGAAGAUCGCAGUGGCUGCAGCAUCCAAGCCGGCAGUGGAGAUCAAACAGGAAGGAGACACUUUCUACAUCAAAACCUCGACCACUGUGCGCACCACGGAGAUCAACUUCAAGAUCGGGGAGGAGUUUGAGGAGCAGACUGUGGAUGGGAGACCCUGUAAGAGCCUGGUAAAAUGGGAGAGUGAGAACAAAAUGGUCUGUGAGCAGAGACUUCUCAAGGGAGAGGGCCCCAAGACCUCCUGGACCAGAGAACUGACCAAUGACGGAGAGCUGAUCCUGACCAUGACAGCAGAUGAUGUGGUGUGCACCAGGGUCUACAUCCGAGAGUGAGUGGCUGUGGGUUCGAGAGUCACCCAGAUCCACCAUCCCCCACGCUGCCCCCUGCUUCACGGCCCCAUGGGCCACCACCUUCCCUCCAUGCUCUCCUAGGCUAGCUUUCCCCUUACUCUGGUCACUUCUGAGGGUGGCUGGGAUGCCUCUUGCAGGGUCUUGCUUUUUUGACCCCUCGACUCCUCCCCUAUGCCAACAGAGGGAUGGAUUGCAAGAGUCCCAGUCACCCCUUCCGGCCUCACUGCCCCUUCCCCAGAUCUGCAGUCCUAGUCCCAAACCAGUCCCCAGCAGUUUCUUUUCCCAUGAGGGGACCUGAGGGUCUGAGUGAGAAAGACGGACUCUCUGGUUUCCACUCCUUCCUGUAGCCAAUGUGCUUUAGAAUAUUUAUUUGUUAAUUUUAUUAAAAAG